CCUAAACUAGCUGAAAUUCACAGCAUCAUGAAUUAAAGCAACACAAGUACUUUAUUUUUUGUUAGCAGAAAUGCCCAAAAUCCUCUGAAUAAUCAAUUUCUCACUUUAACGUUAAAUCCUAGUGGCGGGUAGGACUCACGGUGUUUCCGACGGCGGUUUAUUCAGCCGCCGCUAAUUCACAGCGCAAAGAUUAAAAAACCCGGCCCAAACUCUCUCCUUCACUCACUCAUCGCGGAAACCUAACCGCUCGUUGUCCCUCAUUUCGCCGAGAACUUCCGUUCUAUCUCCGCCGUUCACCGACGGAGAGACCGUCGUGAACCACCGUUCGUCUUCUACAUUACCGCAGGAAUGCCUAAAACAAAGAGGUUUACUCGUAGAGCUCGCUCUACACGAACACAAGUUCAGGGUAGUGCUUCAGCCAUGAAUAAAAGAGCAUGCCAUGGGCCAUCACAUAGUGAGCCUGCAGUUCAUACUAGCCCAUCCAUUAGCAUUGAAGUCCAACCUACAAAAGUUAAAAAUAAAAAUCAACCGAAGUACAAACAAUAUUGGACAGCUGAUUUGAUUGACAAAGAUGAAGUAAUUAGAGAAACACGUUUACGAUUAAGAGAUUUGAAAAAGCUUCCUACAGGUAAAAAGGUGGUCAUAGAAUGGAAUGAGGAGGGUCAACCAGUUGGAGAGGCUUUUGGCCUUUUCCUGAAUUAUAUAUACGAUCUAGCUAGUAAUGCUAAUAAGUUCCCAGUUAAUUAUGACAACUGGUCUGCUGUUCCAUCAACAUACAAGGAUCGUGUUUGGAAUGACAUUAUAGCGGUAAAAUUCCAAGUCAAUGAUGAGGAGCAUAAAAAGUGGAUACUAUCAAAUAUGGGAGAAAAAUGGGAGGAAAAUCGUAGUUGGUUGUAUCAUGAAUACUAUGAUCCAUCUCUUGAUUUGGAAGAAAACAUCCACUGGGGCCCAGACAGCAUUCCAAAAGACCAAUGGAUCUCUUUGCUAACUGAAAUUUGUGGUAAAAAUGACUCGGGACCCACUCAAAGUUCUAGGAGCUCGACAUUAUCUGAUGGCGUCACACCAACUGAAUUAAAUGAUCUAAAAUUAGAAUUGCAAGCGACCAAUGCAAGAAUUCGAGUUUUAGAGGAACAAGUGGCUUUUCUCAUGAAUUACUUUCAAGGUCAAAUUCCCCCUAUAUUUAACCAGGGUGCGGAUCUUGGUGCACCGGCAGAAGAGGUAUCUUCUUCCUCCUCCGCUAGUCACGAACCUGAAAAUCAAGGACCGGGAACUUCUAUUUAGUUAUUUAUAAAGAAUUUUGAGAGAACACAACUCUGCCUUUCAUUGAUAUUCGUACCAAAUAUAUACAGAAGAUGAGUCAACUGUUACUCCUAAUAGACUCCUAUCAAAUCCCUAUGAUUAUGCAAAUUACAGCCUAAUACAUUCCUAAAUUAGAUGUACAAUAAUACAAGAACCUCUGACCAGAUUUGACAGCAAUUGUACAGCUAUAACAAUCCCAUAAUUAUCUCA